ACAAUUGGCAGUAAUAGCAUAAUCUAAUCAGCUAAUUUGCAGUUGCACCUUGUGAAUCCAAGACAUUUUGACUACUGUGAUGACAAAUGUCAUUUUCAAUUAGAGAGCAGAUCAUGCUAAACCGCUGUCCAUUUGUUAAUUAGAUAAACUUGCUGUACAAUGUACAAUUGAGAAUAAGGAGCUGGGUUUGAAGUGUGAUAAGCUCCUUGCUUAUCUGUAUGCUUGUUUCAUCAAAAACAUUUAGUUCCCAUGGAAGGUGUGAUGUCCCAGUUGGUAGAUGUUAAGAUGGAACCAGAUACUAUGCAACACUUAGAACUGAAGAAAGAUCUAUUACGGGAUGUUGAAGAGAUCGAAAGAUCUGUCAUUUUUAGGGGUGAAGUUACAGAAAAAGGUAAUGUAUGGAACCUACCGGAAGCAGCCGCCUAUGUCACAUUUCAUGAAGGGGCUGUGCCAAAACCUUUGUUAUUUACUUGUUCAGUAUGGCCUCCUAAACUUUGCAGUCCACCCAUUUCUAGUGAUGAGCUUUUGGUAAGCAAUGUGAUUGAAUUGUCACACGAUGGUCCACCAGACCUAGAGUUACGUGGAGAUGACGAAGGAAACGUAACUGUGGCUUUGUUGCACAGUGCCAGUGAUUUGAAGGGCUAUGAAGUGGUUAUCAAGCAAUUGGUGGAUCCAUAUGACAACGUAUGGAAGGAUUUGGAGACUUGGCAUGCAUCAGAAAAACCAGAAGUUUCUGACUGGCCUCAGCUUGUUGAAGCUACAUGCACCCCGUCACGAUUUUCUUCCUUUGCUGUCGUUUGGCGCCUUAAGUCCUUCACAUUCACAAGUGGUACUUUAGUGGCUCCUCAAUUCACAUGUGUAGUACCUGACUUUCCAGACAUACGUGUUGAAGUUCCUCUCGGUUCUGUACCGGUUGAUCAGGAUUUUACUUUGACAAUUAAGGUACAAGAAUUUCCAAGCAAUGAGGUUGAAGACAUUGGGAUGCUGUGUGGUCCUGUCAUUCACAUUUCAAGCUCUCAGAACAUUGAACAUAUGGAGCCUGUGACUAUCAAGGUUCCCCUCGCCCUUCGUGAAAGUAAGCAUGACUUAUCAGAGCUUUCAAAUGAGGUCAUAAGGAUAUCAUACCUCGAUUCAGAGGGCAAACAAUGGAGAGAUAUCACAGGUCAACUAGAGGGGCCAGUUACAGUUAAAGAUGGAAUUGUAGAAUUCAAAGUGAAGCAUUUUAGUCGUUUCUGUCCAGUCUGCAUGUUCACAGAGUCUGUUGCUCUUUUACAAGAUUUUUUUCAUCGUCUUUCCUUCAGACUCAUGCCUCAAUGUGUACAUUUUCUCACUUGUUUAUGUAAGACAACAGUUCCUGAUACUUACAGCCUUUCACUGUACUGUUAUCCAAACUUUAAAAAAGCUGAGGUGGAAAAGAAAUUGUCAAGAUAUGUCACACCUUACCAAGGUGAAGGAAAGUCAAAGGAGCCUGCUUGUGUUGGGGAUAGAAUUGUGGUUUCCUUAAUAGCACUUGAUUUUGUGAGGGAGUCUCAAAGGAAUCAAAAGUUAGUUCUCAAGUUUCUUGGAAAUGAUAUAUCUGACAACAGUGAUAUGGCUUUGAUUGUUCGCUUGGACAGUGAAGGUGUUCCAAUAGUGAAGUUCUCGAAAGACGAAGAACUGCAAAAAGUUCUCUGUGAAGUGCCAAUCUUAAAGACUCGACCGGCAUCUGUGGUUCCUGUAACAGAGAGCAGAGAUCAAAGAGUGGCACCUGAGGAAAGACCUGCACUGGUAAUCUUAUGCCCAACUGGUUUUAGUCAAUGCAGGUGCAGAAGAUUUGAAUUUUUUUUUUUUCCCAACCCUCAAUUAGUUGCUGAUGUAGAGAAGGAGGAAAAAGAUAAUGAAGAUCAAUGCAAUCCACGUGUCAAACAAGGUACACCCAGUGACGAUGAACUGGAAUAUCUUGCCUCAAAGCUUAGUGAUCUUUGGAAAAAGCUUGGGCGCCGCUUGAAAAUCCCAGAACCAAAGCUUGAUGAUCUGAACAAAUUAAACGAGGCUCUCUCUGAAAAGGGAUAUAAAAUGCUCAGGCAUUGGCAGGAGGUAAACGGGUCAGCGGCAACGUACGAAAUUUUGGGUCAUGCCUUACUGGAUAGGCUUGUGAAUCGACGAGAUUUAGCGGAGGAAUUUUGCUAUGAGAAACAAUAACCGAAAAAUGUGCCCCUAACGUCAGAUUGUAUAUUUUGUAUGUACUAAUUCUUAUAUUAAUUUAAUCUUAUUUUGUGAGUAUCUGAUUUCUGAUUUUUGGGGUUUUCGUAUCAGGCGGCGACACAAAAGCGUUUUAGCCCGAGAGGUGAUGACUAGUUUUUUACUAUUCUGUGCAGCUUUGUCGGACGGUAUUAAAUUCUCGGGCUCCUAGUUCGAG